AUGGGAUUACGCCAAAGGCUAAAAAAAAAGAUACAGAAGGCUAAGCAGCUCGUAUCAGAGGAAAACCGGUACCAUAUCAUAAACUCUACGCCUCUCAGAAAAAACCAUAUAGCUAGAUCUCGCUCUACGCCCGUCAUUCUUCGCCUCUGUGAGGCAGUGACAGUCCACUGUCGUCAUUGGGUGUAUGAGAAUAAUGGCUGCUGCGACCAACUGAUCCUAACCACCUCUUGUUGCUUUCGAAGCCGAAGAUGA